CUACUCGGCUCCAGAUACAUUCACUAAGCUCGCUACGUUCACAUUGUUCUCACUUCCUUUUCCAGGAGACCUCUGCCCAGUCUUAACACCUGACGUGGACUACAUGACCCAGCAUUCACCACGGCAGGUUGAUUUCCGGGUCAAAAGGUCCGCGCUGGAUGCAUCACCAUGGAAGCGAUGGGUUUGCUUGGGGCUUGGAGAGGAACAAGAAGGCUGGGCUCCAUCAAACCCUUCGGAGACGAUGGUUUCCUCCAGCCUUUGCCACCCAACGACCCACCAUGGAGGCUGCGCCCUCCGCGCUGCUCCUGCUGCUUCCCCUUCCAGCCAAAUGUUCCUAUCGCCCCGAGAGCCACAGCCGUCCUUCCGCCCCAGAGACUGAUGAAAGUCGAGGUGCGGGCACCAUGAGAGGCGAGAAAAACUGCUGCCGUGGAGCUGCGGGAGAUCACGGUUCCUGCCCCUCCACUCCUUCGCCUCUGGCCUCGGCCCUCUUGAUGCCCGCGGAGGCUAUCUCCAGUAGUUGGCCUGGGUCUGGAGGCGGUUUGUCAGGGGGGGAUGAAGAGGAGACUCGGCUCCUUCAACUCCUGCGGACCGCGCCAGAUCCUUCGGAGGCCUUUCAGGCGCUGCAGGCUGUGUUGCCGCGGCGUGGCGGUCGACUUGGCUUCCCCAGACGGAAGGAAGCAUUGUAUCGAGCCCUGGGCCGAGUGCUUGUGGAAGGAGGUAGAGAUGAGAAGCGACUCUGCUUGCAACUCCUCUUGGACGUUCUUCGAGGUCAGGGGGAGGCAGGCCAGCUGGAAGAGGCCUUCAGCUUAGCACUUCUGCCUCAACUGGUUGUCUCUUUACGAGAAGAGAAUCCGGCCCUGCGGAAAGAUGCGCUGCAGAUCCUCCACAUUUGUCUGAAACGUAGUUCUGGGCAGGUGCUAAGAACGCUUAUACAGCAAGGCCUGGAAAGUACCGAUGCUCGGCUUAGAGCUGCAACAGCACUGCUGUUCCCGAUCUUGCUUACUCCUGAGGACUUGUUGCUGGGCCUAGAUCUUACCGAGGUGAUAAUAUCCUUAGCCCGAAAGCUUGGCGAUCAGGAGAUAGAAGAAGAAUCUGAGACAGCUUUCUCUGCACUUCAACAAAUUGGGGAGCGACUUGGCCAAGAGAGGUUUCAAUCCUAUAUCUCUCGCCUGCCGUCUGCCCUGAGGAGACACUACAAUCGCCGCCUGGAGUCCCAGUUUGGCAGCCAGAUUCCUUAUUAUUUGGAACUUGAAGCUUCUGGAUUUCCCGAAGACCCCCUUCCCUGUGCAGUGACCGUUUCCAACAGCAAUCUUAAAUUUGGGAUUAUUCCUCAGGAGCUGCAUUCAAGAUUGUUAGAUCAGGAAGACUAUAAGAACCGGACUCAGGCUGUUGAGGAACUAAAACAGGUGAUGGGACGAUUUAACCCAAGUUCUAGUCCUCAUCCUAGCCUUGUCAGUUUUAUUAGCUUGCUGUAUAAUUUGUUAGACGAUUCUAACUUCAGAGUGGUCCAUGGCACACUUCAGGUUCUGCAUUUACUGGUUAUUCGCCUUGGAGAGCAGGUACAGCACUUCUUGGGACCAGUUAUAACAGCUUCUGUCAAAGUGCUGGCAGACAACAAGUUGGUGAUCAAACAAGAAUACAUGAAAAUCUUCCUCAAGCUCAUGAAGGAAGUAGGUCCUCAACAGGUGCUUUGUUUACUCCUGGAACAUCUCAAACAUAAGCAUUCCAGAGUUCGAGAGGAGGUGGUGAACAUUUGCAUUUGCUCCCUCUUGACGUAUCCCAGUGAGGAUUUUGACUUACCCAAAUUGUCAUUUGAUCUUGCCCCAGCUCUUGUAGAUAGCAAACGCAGGGUGCGACAAGCAGCUCUGGAAGCCUUUGCUGUGUUGGCAUCAUCAAUGGGCUCAGGUAAAACCAGCAUCCUUUUCAAAGCUGUGGAUACUGUUGAACUACAAGAUAAUGGAGAUGGAGUGAUGAAUGCUGUGCAGGCCAGAUUGGCUAGGAAAACCCUCCCAAGGUUAACGGAACAGGGAUUUGUGGAGUAUGCCAUACUCAUGCCAUCAUCUGCCCAGGGUAGGUCAAGCCAUUUGGCACAUGGAGCAGAUACAGAUUGGCUUUUGACUGGUAACAGAACUCAGAGUGCAUACUGUCCCUGUGGUGACCACACAAGGGAUAGCAUGCAAAUUUAUGGAUCUUACAGUCCAACUAUCUGUACCCGGAGGGUAUUAAGUGCAGGAAAAGGGAAAAAUAAAUUACCAUGGGAAAAUGAGCAGCGUGGAGUCAUGGAAGAAAACCAGACCUCCAAUCUGAAGGAUACAGAACAGUUUUCAGCAUAUGAUUUCAUCCCUUCGUCAAAAUUAAAGCCCUCCCAAGGAAUGUCAGUCAAUGAUGAUUUAUGUUUUAGCAGAAAAAGAGUAUCAAGAAACUUAUUUCAAAGUAGUCGGGAUUUUAACUCAGAUUCACUUCCUGUAUGUGCUGCUGGCACUACUGGGACUCAUCAGACAAAUCUUUCUGGGAAAUGUGGACAACUUGGAUUUUCACAGAUAUGUGGUAAAACUGGAAGUGUGGAUUCUGACUUACAAUACCUGGGGACAGCUAACAGUUAUCAAGAUAAAGUGUAUGCUAGCCUAAAUUUUGGCAGUAAGACACAGCCAACAUUUGGUAACCAAACAGAAUGUAUUUCAUCAUACUCUGGUCCAAAUCCAAGCCCAGGAGCCUUCAUCCUUCCAUCCUAUCCUCUCUCAUCUCGAACUAGCCCAAAACACACAUCUCUUACUGUGUCUCCAAAGAAGUCUCAAGAUAAUUCUGUUAAUUUCUCAAAUUCCUGGCCUCUUAAAAGCUUUGAAGGACUAUCAAAGCCAAGUCCUCAAAAAAAGCUUGUCAGCCAAAAAUCAUCUGGCUCAACAGGAAGAAAUGAUGGGGAAAAUUCUCAAGAAAAACCUCCAGUUCAACUCACACCUGCCUUGGUGAGAUCAUCUUCCCGACGAGGCCUGAAUGGGACCAAGCCUGUUCCUCCCAUACCAAGGGGAAUCAGCCUUUUGCCUGAUAAAACCGAUUUAAGCACAGUGGGACCCAAAAAGAAAGAGCCUAAUGAUAUUUGGAAAAGUGAAAAUGAUAGUGUUAAAAUUGAUCUUUCAGAAUUAAAUAUCAAGGACAAAGAUUUGGAUCAAGAAGAGAUGCAGAGCUCUCUUAGGUCCCUUCGUAACAGUGCAGCUAAGAAAAGAGCAAAACUGAAUGGCAGUACUUCAGAUCUUGAAAGCCCUGAUUCUGCAAUGAAGCUCGACUUGACUAUGGACUCCCCAUCUCGAUCUUCCUCUCCAAACAUCAGCUCUUAUAGUGAAAGUGGAGUUUACAGCCAGGAAUCAUUGACUUCUUCUCUGUCUACAACUCCCCAGGGGAAUAGAAUGAUGUCAGACAUAUUACCAACAUUUGGAUCAAAACUUUGUCUAACAAGUCUUUGUUCUGGAAAGAAUAAAAUCUCUCAAAUAGCUGAACAGAGCCCCAGUACAGGGAUUACAACAUCCAACGUAAGCAUAAUUGGUCAACGUAUGAACUAUGGGUUUGAAUGUGGUGAUUUUGAAGAUGUUAGGUCACAUGACAUUUCCUCUAGUGUUUUAAAAAUACAAAAUAAGGAACACCCAAGACAUAAGCAUACAAAAGGAUUUACAGGGUCAUCAUCAAAUUUACAACAUAUUACCAGUUUUGACUUCACAUCCACAAAUACCUUUUCAGAAGAUUCAGUAGUAGUUGUUGGAAAAGGUGUAUUUGGAAGUCCAAAUUCAGCACCAGCAACCUGUAGCCAAUCAGUGAUAUCUUCUGUGGAAAAUGGGUAUAAAUUUUCAGUUAAACAAAGCAUUGAACCACCAUCAGGGAUUUAUGGAAAAGCAGUCCAACAAAGUAUUCCAUCAUAUCUUGAUGUUGAGAAUGAAAAAGAUAUCAAACUUUCUGUGUCAAAAUCUACCUUUGGCAAGAUGAAACAAAAGAGAAAAGAGGAAAAGGAACUUUUUGACAUUAAAGAUUGUGAAAAGAAGAAACAUAAUCCCUGGGAGGAAAUGAAACAUACAGGAACUGAAAAAAUGAUAUCAGAAAACUUAAAUAUUUUUGGAGAUGAGGUGGGAAUAUCAAAAAAUGAGAGUUCCUCUUUAGAAAACAUUACCUUUAACCCUCCAUUGAAAGGAGGGGCCAGUUUAAAAAGGUCACCAUCUCUAGUGUUUUCAGAUUCAGGUGAAGCGUCUCCUGGAGCCAUUCCACAGUAUAAAGAAAGGAUGUCUUCUGUCACUCAUAGUCCAGAAAUUAUGGAUUCAUCAGAACUACGGCCAUUUUCUAAACCAGAUAUAGCGCUGAUAGAAGCCUUGAAGCUUUUAGCUGAUGAGGAUUGGGAGAAGAAAAUUGAGGGACUGAAUUUUAUCAGAUGCUUAGCUGCUUUUCAUUCUGAAAUAUUGAACACAAAGUUGCAUGAAACAAAUUUUGCAGUAGUUCAAGAGGUGAAAAAUUUACGCUCUGGAGUUUCUCGUGCUGCUGUGGUCUGUUUAAGUGAUCUUUUCACUUACCUGAAAAAGAGCAUGGAUCAAGAACUAGAUACUACAGUAAAAGUUUUGUUGCAUAAAGCAGGAGAAUCAAAUACAUUUAUAAGAGAAGAUGUUGACAAAGCCUUGAGAGCUAUGGUCAGUAAUGUAACUCCUGCACGUGCAGUUGUUUCUCUUAUCAAUGGAGGACAAAGGUAUUAUGGUCGAAAGAUGCUUUUCCUCAUGAUGUGUCAUCCUAAUUUUGAUAAAAUGCUUGAAAAGUACGUCCCAUCUAAAGAUUUGCCAUAUAUUAAGGAAUCUGUUAAAAGCUUACGACACAAGGGCUUGGGAGAUUUACCAUUAGAUACUUCUUCAGCAAAAGGAAGACGAUCUCAUACUGGCAGUGUUGGAAAUGCAAGGUCAUCAUCUGUUUCCAGAGAUGUUUUAAAUGCAGCCGAAAGAGAGGUAACUGAAAUUCGUGAAGUCUCCAGAAAGUCAGUUCCUCGUAAUUCCUUAGAAAGUGCUGAGUAUAUCAAAGUCAUAACAGGUUUAUUAAACGCAAAAGACUUUCGUGAUCGUAUUAAUGGGAUUAAGCAGCUUUUAUCAGAUACUGAAAACAAUCAAGAGCUUGUUGUUGGAAACAUUGUGAAGAUUUUUGAUGCUUUUAAAUCUCGACUUCAUGAUUCUAAUAGUAAAGUAAAUCUGGUGGCUCUGGAAACAAUGCACAAAAUGAUUCCUUUGCUUAGAGACAACUUAUCUCCUAUCAUCAACAUGCUAAUUCCAGCAAUAGUAGAUAACAAUCUGAAUUCCAAGAAUCCAGGCAUCUAUACUGCUGCCACAAAUGUUGUUCAGGCCCUGAGUCAGCAUGUAGACAAUUACUUACUUCUACAGCCAUUUUGCACAAAAGCUCAGUUUUUAAAUGGAAAAGCAAAACAGGAUAUGACUGAAAAGCUUGCUGAUAUUGUUAUGGAACUCUAUCAAAGGAAGCCCUUUGCCACAGAACAGAAAGUGUUGGUUGUUUUAUGGCACCUCUUAGGGAACAUGACAAAUAGUGGCUCUCUGCCUGGAGCUGGAGGAAAUAUACGAGUAGCCACAGCUAAAUUAUCAAAAGCACUUUUUGCACAGAUGGGCCAGAAUCUGUUAAAUCAGGCUGCAUCUCAACCACCACAUAUUAGAAAGAGUUUAGAGGAAUUACUCAAUAUGACACUUUGAAAUGAAUUAGAAAUCUUUCAUGAAAUAUGGUAUGAUGAACAAAAGUGUUUACAUGAUGACAAAUGGAGCUUUUUUAAAGUUACAUUUUCAGUGCCUGCACUUCUAAUCCAGUAAAUUAAGUCAAUGGCUAUUUUUCUUUGCAGCCUAUGAGUACACAUCUGACCUAUAUCAACCCUAUCACAUGUCCCAUUACACAAAAACCUAAAAUAAUUAAUAUAACUUAAUAUUCAUUAAAUACGAGGAACAUGAAGUGAAUCCAAUUUUAAUAUUUUUGAGAAAAGUCCUGCUCGUUUGCACUAUUCUAUAGAAAUCGCAAUUUGUUGCCCUAUAUGUACAAUUAGAUUUGUAAUUAAAAAUAUACUUUUUAUUAUGUAAUCAUGUUCUGCUAUGUCUCGUUACUCAGCCUUAUUUUAUGAAGUGGAAGAAAAGUCAUUGAACUAUGUUAUCACAAAGUUUUGUGUACUAUUUGUGAAAAAUAUGUAUUCUCAAAUCAGUCUGCUAAUAUGAUUGUGCAGUAUUAGCUUGUUUUUGCUGUUUUGUGUUAAUGUGAUAUAUUUACUUACCACUUGGGUUUAAUCAUCUACAUAAUUGUGAAAUUUAACAAAUUAUAAUAAAGCAUGAUGACCAAAGUUUUAGAACACAUUUAAACAUUUUAAAUGCACGUUUAAGAAAACGUGUUGAAUGUAACUUCCCUAUUUUUUGUGCAAACACUAAAUUAUAUUUCUAUAUGUCCUAACAUUUAUAAAGGUGUUAAUUUGCUGUCCAGUUGUAUAAUUCUCAAAAAUAGUGCCAGAUUGUCUGUAGCUUUUCUCAGAAUUCUUGGACCACAAGUACUGUAUGUAUCUUAAAAAAGAAAAGGAUUGUUAUAAAAUAAAAGGAUUU